AUGUUGGUGAUGAGGCUGGCGCGCGUAUCUGCGACGCGCUGCUCUACAGGCUACGUCAAUCGGUUCACGGCGGGGUUGGGCACCACCGCAGACGCGACGACGUCAUCAGUCGAAACCUCGGGCUGGUUGGGGCGGCCCGAGACUGACUCCCGGCCCUCGAACAGCGAGGACACCGAGCGCGGCGACGUACGCACGCCCGCGGACUCCGAUCGGGACCACUUCCGCGAGAACCCGAGCGUCGCCCUUUGGAACGAGUGGAGGUUCGACGGCACGCCGGAGGGAGCGAGAGCCUUACUCCUGGAAUGCGCCUCGUCCGCCCGCACCCCGCGAGACGCGGCGUACUGGGCCUACCACGUGGCCAGGAGCUCGUGGUUCCUCGGGCAGGGCGCCGCUGGUAUUCUCGCGUCCUCCCUCGGCGGUGGUGGCGGUCCCUCGGGCGGGGGUGCUCCCCUGGCGGGCGACGGCAGCAUCCGCUCCGGGAUCAUCGCGGGCUCCAGGCUGAUGGCCGAGGCGCUCCAGACGUUCAGGCAGGACCUCGCGCACAUCAACGCCGGGACGUACAAGGCGCCGUACGACAUGGACCCCAACCACAGGCAGUUUAACCCCGCGUACGUGGCGAGCAAAACGGCCAGGUUUCUCACCGAGGCGGCUUCGACGCUGGAGAAGAACCGAGCCGCGAGGCGGUCGGAAUCCGCGCCCGAGACGAAGGUGUGGAUGGACUCGCCGAUGUACCCGGACUACUACCUCAAGACGUUCCACUGGCAGACGGACGGGUGGCUGUCGUCCAGGUCCGCGGAGGUUUACGAGACGUCUACCGAGACUCUGUUUCUGGGGCGACAGGACGCGAUGCAGAGAACCGCGCUGGUGCCGCUCUCCGAGUGGAUGCGGGAGAGGGGCGUGAAGGACGGGGCGGGUGCCAAGUUUCUGGAGCUCGCGUGCGGCACCGGUCGGUUCCUCACGUUUGUCCGGGAUAACUACCCGAAGAUGGACGUCACGGGGCUGGAACUGUCGCCGUUUUAUUUGGCCGAGGCGCGCAAAAACGGGGCGUACUGGGAGAAGCUUCGGCGGCGGAAGCGGAGCUCGCCCGCCGGGCUUGUGACGGAGACCCUGUCGAAGGUUGGCGGGUUGGCCAAGGCGGCGGGUCUUCCCGUCCCUCCGAUGCCGUCCGCGCGUCGAGACGAUGUCCAGGAUGAGGCUGGGAAAGAGACGCUCGGUAGCUGCGAGUACGUACAGGCCCAGGCUGAGAAGAUGCCGUUCCCGGAUGCGUCAUUCGACGCGAUCACCUGCGUGUACCUGCUGCAUGAGCUACCCCCCGAGACGAGGCGCGAGGUUGCGAAGGAGGCGGCGCGGGUGCUCCGGCCGGGGGGCGUCCUAAUCCUGGCAGAUUCAAUCCAGCUGGGGGACAGACCCAGGAUGGACAAAAACUUGGGCAGGUUCGGAGACUUCAACGAGCCAUACUACAGAUCGUACAUCGAGGAGGCGCUGGUGGAGGUGUUCGGACCGGAGGGCGCUGGCCUGGAGCCCUGGACCAAGGAUCUUUGCUCCAGCACCAAGGUUCUGUCUUUUAGGAAACCAGAGUAG